CAAAGCAUACAUGGUAAUUUUUCUACACACAAAUCAAAUACCGGCAAGAUAAUUGAUUUGAGAUCUCGUGAAGAAAAUAGACGAGUAUUUAAUUCCAUUAUCAGAGGAAUAGUUGCCAGCGAUGACGCCAUAUUCGGUUGCACAUUAGCUUUUCCUGGUGGAGAUCUCCCGUUGAUUAAUCGUAUGAAUAAUCUAACCUCAAAUAUCGAUAGUCUUAAACAAGUCUCGAUGACAAAUUGGGCUCCAGCAGCUUUUAAAAAAAGGAAAAGAGUAAAUAAUGGUAAACCCAAUCACGCUAUAAUAUCUCUGGAUUUGGCUAAAUAUUACGAUUUCACAUCUCGAGGUAUAGGCAGAGCCGAAUGGUUUUGGUCUUGGUUUGGCGAGGAUAUACCCAGCGAUAGAAUAUUCGAACAAUCAGACUCUCUCAAAAUCAAACGGGAAAAUAGAGCAUCUGAUACCCUCAACAGACACGUUAAAAAAUACAAACUUAAAAAAAUUAAACACGCUAAGGGACUUAGCCUUCCACCUAAAUCAAACUACAAUGAGGUGAUUCACACAUCUCAUGAUAACAAUCUUUAUCAUAAUCAAAAUCGCAGAAGGCAUUCAAUCAAAUCUCACGUUGAUCACAUAUCCCCUACACUAAAAAAUGACAAUAUGGACAUCGAUUCUCACUGGGAAUAUCAUUAUAAAGGCUUCCAAUCAUUGGACGGAGCAUUCGAACCUGAUUUAGACAACGUUUCUGAAAAUCAUAAUUACUUUGACAAUCAUAUACAAAGUCAUAUCCCCGGAGAUGAUGAAUAUUCGAAUAUAUUAGAUCAAAAAAAUUUGCUAGUCCCAGGUUUCAGACAGAUCAACCUUGAAACCCCGAAUAACCAUCUAAAACGCGAUCAAACUACAGCAUUGCGCAAGGAUAAAUUUAAUGAUGAAACUAGGAACAAAUAUCAUCUGGGUGAAGGUAGGUGGAGCCACCCAUUUAUCGAUUGCAAGUUGGGAAAGAUAUGGCUUGUAGCUUACAGUGUUCCUAUAUAUCUACCUGAUAUGCAAUCGAAGUCGGAGGAUAAUCAAUAUUAUGUUAGGGGUGUUUCUUCUUUUCUAUCCUUUCUAAACGCGAAAAAGAUCAAAGAGAUGCCAUAUCUAUGGUUGCCUAAUGGUGUACAACAGACAGGAACUCUGGUAGGUGUGAUUGCUGUAAUGAUGGACUUAAGGUAUCUCGAUGCUAAUCAAUGUGAUAAUGGAACUGGCUUAUUUGCGAAAACCCAUCUAUGUGAUAGUUCGACCCAGUGCGUUCCAAUUAUUAAGAAGGGCUUUACAUACGGUAACUACGAAUGCAAAUGUAAAAACGCUUUCAAUUUACAUUCAGCUAAAGAUUUUUCGUAUGGGAGAGAUAUAGAUAGAUUCAACAAUAUGAAUGAAAAACAAGCAUUCAGGCAUAAAUUCAACAGAUUACUAAAUUACGGCCGGUCCAGUCUUAGAAAACCCCCUAAGAUAUUACAAUCGAUCGAGGAGAAUGCUGAUUCAUAUCCAGAGAUUAGAAAAGGGGUACUAGAAUUUAUCGCUGACAAUUAUUCUUCUGAAUUUGAGGCAUUAAAGGGUUACGAAAACUUGUCAUUUAAUGAUAGCCAUGAAACAUCGCCGUUUCCACAAAUCAAUAACUUCAAAGAUAUCAAAUCAACAAUUCGCAAAGCUAAAAUGAUUGAUUACACGAAGGAAUAUUACUCCCUCAUCCCUAAAUCGUACUACGAGAGGGAUUUCAAUGGUAUCGUAAUAGAAAAAAGUUUUAUAAGGGACUUUGAAACGAUUUUACAAAACAUUAACACUUUCAUUAAUAACCAGAGCAAGCCAGCCCUUAGUCUGUCCUCGUUACCCUCCGACAAAUAUUACCGUUAUCUAUUUAAUAUUACAAAUCUACUCAAAUAUUUAUAUAGAGACAUAGAAUUCGGGCAAACUCAUUUGUCGCCCGUUCAACUGUAUGACCCUGUUAGAGAUACCAGUAUAAUGGUAAAUUUAACACAUAUCACCCAAAAUUUGGAAUUAGGAGGAAUGUUUCCUUCUCAAUCACUGACAAAUAAUUCAUCACGACAAGAAAUAAAAUCCAUUUACAAGUGCUUCUCCUGCGGUGAUAUGAAAUGCCUUAGAUGCCCUGGGAUAGCUUGCUUUGCCAAAUACAGGAUUGGUUUGAGAGGGCCCCCCUUAGCUAUACAAAGCUUUUGCAUGACUUUGGUUUUGGCUAUGAUAAUUCUGAUAUUUUGGACCCGUAAAAUAAAGAUUAUUAGUUUCGCAAUGUGGACUUUGUUGGAGAUCAUAUUGCUAGGAGCCUUUAUACUGUAUUCCACAAUUAUAAUUGAUUAUUUCAAACCAACUACAAUUUUGUGCUUCAUAGGACCUUGGUUUCGAGAAGUAGGUUUCGGCUUGUUAUAUGGUGCUAUCAUUUUAAAACUUUACAAAUUAUACGUAGACUUUCAAUCUCGCAAAGCUCAUCGCAUUCAUAUAAGGGACAAGGAUCUCUUGAAGUAUCUUAUGGGAAUUAUCAUAGUUAUUAUAGGAUAUAUGGCCGCCUGGACAUUCGUAAAUUUGGAUCGAAUUUCAGAAGAAGGAGGCAGUAUGUUAGAAGUUGGCAUAACGAAGAACAAUUUGAUAUAUUACGUCUGUAAAUCUCUAUGGUGGGAUUACGUUAUUGAAAUAGGAGAGUUCCUAUUUCUUAUCUUUGGAUUAUAUUACAGCUGGAAAAUAAGAAGCGUUAGAUCACAUUUAAGCGAAGUAUGGGCUCUCAAAACGUCUUUGUGUAUUGAAGCCUUCGUAUCAGUCAUCAUGAAUCUUUUGAAACAUUUAACAGUUCUCAACACACAUUCCGAUUAUAUUUUCCUCAUGUUCUUUUUUCGAAUCCAAUGUACCGUCACAAUUGUUCUUCUAUUGAUAUUUUUCCCAAAAAUUUGGAGGCUUAUGAAUCUAAAAAGUCACGGAGACCGUAGAUCAAGGGGGAUCUCAGGUGCAGAAGCGUUAGACCACAUAACACCUGAAGGAAUUAAAUUGAGAGAUAAUUUAACAUCAAAUGGAGAUUUGGAUUUUAAUGAUAUCAGUUUAACAGAUAUGGAUCCUGAAGAAAUAAGAAGUGAAUUAAAGCGUGUCUACAUGCAACUCCAAAUGCUUAAAAACAAAAAUUUACGCAAGGACAAUCCUCACAUAUCCAAAAGACGAGGUGGGCGUAAGGCCGCUCAUUCUAGGCGGUUUUCAUUGCAAGCCUUCCAUCAUCACAAUCCCUCGACGCAAUUAAAUACGCAUAAUAACGAAAAUAAACCUGGUGAAAAUUAUAUUAAAUCUUCAUUUACUGGCUCAAAAUACGCAAAAAACAAAUCGAUAUUAGCUUCUAACCCACAACAAGAUGCUUUAUUAUCUUAUCAUGAUACUGCAACCUCUUCUUUGGCCCAUUUCAACCGUAAUAAAUCAUCGCCACCUCUCUGCUUCAACAAAAUCAAUGAAGAAAACGAAGAUAUACUAGAAGGACUAGGGGAUAAUGACCAACAAUCGAAACAGGUAUCAACUACAAAGGCUCUCCCUCACAAACCAGAAAAGUUUUCUUCGCUUUACAAGUUGGUAUUACCAUCUGCUUCUCAAUCGAAGACCAACUCCUUAAAAAUUCCGCUUUCCUCAACUUUUGACGAGCUAUCAUCAACCGCCAUUAACGAAGACGCUAAUACCACGACAACUACCACAACCAAUAACACAACCACAUCUAACUCCAACAUUCAUGCCACUUCCUCGUCCAGCCCUAAUAACAACCAUAUAUUGGAGGUUAGUAAUAGCACAGACAAAAAGAAGGGUAGUGUUAAGUUCAAGUUUAAGGACAGAAAUUCCGAUGAUAAACAUUGUGGAUCUAUUCCACACAAGAAAUCUCUCAGUAUACGAGCUUACGAAAGAGCUAAAAUGGGCAUUUUGUCUGGUAUAAUUAAGAAGAACUACGGUGAUAAUUUUUCUUCCUUUAACAAUUUGGACAAUAAUGCUAGGAUCAAAAAGGGUUACAAGACAAAAUGUAAACACAAUAAUAAGCGCCGUUCUAAGAACACUAGCCUAUCAGAAACAUUUCAGAGUAAUAAUAGUGAUAUGUCGAAAACUCCAGAAUCUUCAAUAAAUAGCGGAUAAUAGUUAAAGAAGGGAGCAUUAUCAACACAACGCUCAGUCCUAUGAGUAUAUUGACAAUAAUAUAAUGGAUAGUAUGACCGUGUGGAUUAUAAAUUGUUAUUCAGUAAAUCCUCUGCGAUUGUUUUCAAAACAUUCAUAAAACUCUUACAAACAACCAACAUAUUAUAUACUUGAUAUCGUAUCUCUGGAAAUAUUCUAUAAAGCGUAGGCAUAUACAAAAUAUCAAUCUAUUCACAUCGCAUUUAUAAUAAUUUUAUUUUGAUAGUAUAUUUCAAAUUUUGCCAAAUAAUUACCAGGUUUCAAUUUUUGAAUUAGCCAUGUUUAUUGUAUACCUGAAGUAAUAUUAUCUAAAAUAUUUUUAUAAUCAACGUGUUUAAGCUGUU